GUGUUUAUCGCAAAAUACGUUAAGUUUAAUAAUAAAUAAACGAAGUGUGUGGGUUUAUAUUGUUAAUUGAGUGAACCUUGUUCAAAGAAGUGUAAAAACUUGAGCGUUCUGUAACAAUUUUGUGAUUUGGAGUAUUGGAACUCCGCUUUGUUGUGUUGGAUAUAAGAUUACCAUCGACAGCGGAAACUAACUGUACGUUUACACCGCAAUUCGAAUGAUCCUGCGGUGAAGGCACACUCCGUUGACUUCUGUAUUUUAUCGGUGGACACAACCCCCGCCACGCUGCCGUCAUGACGCUGCACUGGUGGAUGCACUGGUUUUGGGUGACGACGCUGCUCACCAUACUAUGGAGCUGCCAAAUAACCGCUGCGCCCCAGUCCGAAGAACUACAGCACCUGACCACCGACAUAGAAAUAGAACCCAACAGCGACCGGCAGGGCCGGGCCAUGUACUUCACCAAAACGAUAUCCACCACCAAACCCCCCAACAUUACUGCCAAUCAAACUGACGAGCUUAUACAACCAAUUCAAAAUGUAACUAACGCCACAACUGACGCGCCAUUAGUACUACUAAAUGCGACAGAUAACAAAAAUGUAACAGAAAUGCUGACAACGCCAAACGCGACUUUUUCCAACGCAACAGCAGCUCCAGAGAUCACAAAUUUAACUGACACACAGAAUGCAACAUUCGCAUCAAAAAGACGGAACCUAACACGGCCCGAUGUAGUUAAAGCCGAUACUAUAGAACGAACAUCUGAAAGCAGAAUAGUAACUGACAAACCUUUGUCUUUAGAAACUCAGAAUUUCCUGCAGACUCGCAUCCCGCCGAACAUAGAAUCUUCUCGAAGAGUGAUCGAGCAGGAUGGCGGUAUGGACACGGGUGCCAUAGCUGGGAUAUCGUUUGCUGCUUUAGUGCUGGGUGCAUUGGCUGGUAGCACGGCCUUCGUGCUGUACAGGCGGAGGUACCUGAAUAAGCCACAGACGUUGAAUGAUAAAUGCUCGAAUCCGGACUCCAGCGGGUAUCUUGAUGACAGCACUAUACGGGACAACUCCGAGGAGAUGUACAGCCUCGACAACGACUCGUUCCUCAACUCGCUGGAAGCCAUGACCAUCCAGAACUACUGGACGGACACCGUCAAACACACCAAGCUGUAACUGUUCCAGCGUUGACAUCACUGACCGUUUCAGAACCUUACUGCGGCGACAUAAGGUAUACCAGUAGCCAGGAGACCGAGAUGUACAGCCUCGACUCCUCGCUCCUCUACUCACUGGAGGCCAUGACCAUUCAGAACUGGACGAACAUCGUCAAACACACCAAGCUGUAACUGUUCCAGCGUUGACAUGGCUGACCGUUUGAGAACCUUACUGCGGCGACAUAAGGUAUACCAGUAGCCAGGAGACCGAGAUGUACAGCCUCGACUCCUCGCUCCUCAACUCACUGGAGGCCAUGACCAUUCAGAACUGGACGAACAUCGUCAAACACACCAAGCUGAAACUGUUCCAGCGUUGACUGGUCAUUUGUGAACCUUAUUGCGGCGAUAUAAGGUCUAAGGUAAAGACACUAAGUACGAAUAAUUUCGAUUAUUGACCCGCCAUUUUUUAUCUCUAUCAUACACGUAUAUUUAUAUUGUUGACUCGCUCACCAGUAAGAAUGAUCGCGGACAUCGUACGGGACAGCAAUAUAAGUAAGUAAAACUAAGUAAGUUGGGUAGUACAAAGGCGAACUUAUCCCUAAGAGGGAUCUCUUCCAGUGAACCCAUACCUAAAAGAGUAAUUUAAAACUAAAUCUAAAGUAGUUAUUUUAUAUAUAAUUACUUCCGUGCGAUAGAGAUAGGAUGGCAGGCAAUGUACGAAAUUAUUCGUGCUUAUUGUCCAUACUCUACCAUUGGUCAGGUUGUUGUUUGUAAGCGUGAUGUCUUAGAAAUGUACGGCGCUGUUGAAGGGCCCUAUGCCAAAUAUGUCAUUGUGUAUGAGAAAAGUGACGCUUUAAGGAACCCAUCGAGCUAUUUGGAGCUAUAGGGAGCGUGCAUGAACUGUAGGAGGCAGCACAGGAGCCGUCAGAUUUUUGGCGCGAGGCGUAAAUGUGAUGUUUUUUGUUCCGAUGUAGCCCACAAGAUGGCAGAACCUACUAUGCACAAGAAAACACGUGACGUGUAAAUGUGCAUGUUUAUGGUUCCGAUUCAGGCCACAAGAUGGCAGACCCUCCAACGCGCACGGUCCCUAUAGAUUUGGAUCUGUAAUUUUUUCCGACUAUAACGAUGUUCUCUAAAUGCCAAAUACUCGUAGCUGAUGCUUUAAAAAAAAGAAAUUUACUUGACAUGCAAAAAUGCCUCGUACGACUAAGGUAAUUAGGUAUAUAAUUAAUAUCAUGAUCGAGUGACAUUUUUAUAUUUAGGUGUCGUAUUUAAUGACUUAUCCGGUUUGGGGCUCCCAAUAGCAAAGUAUGUUUAGAAAUGUGAACUCGAUUCAGUAAGAACCCUUCCAAAGCGAACUGUAGUUAAGUAGAUGGUGUUGUUAUUUUUCCAUUAAUAUUUAAACUACCGCCUGGCUUGAAAUUGACAGUGGAAAUUAAAGUAAUUUUCAUUGUAAGAUAGGACAUACAGAACUUUAAAAUUGCUUGUAUUUCAUGCUAUCAAAGACAUUAAUUGAGUACCCAAUGCAAAUCAUAAUGCACAUUAUGAAAUAUUAGUUGAAUUUCAAAGUAUUUAUUGACGACAUGUGUGUAAAUCAUGUAGUAGGUAUUGACUUUUGUUAACGACAUUAAUCAGAGCUAUAAAAUAAUAUUGACGUUUUUGACCUAAACCGGAAUUGGCCGCAUUGCACCUUGGUAAGAGAAAGAGUUUGUAUUGCCAGGGGCAAAUACAGCAUGAGGAUUUCCUCCAAGUGUUUGCCCUAAUGUUUCUCGUCCCCGUCACGUUGAGGCCGCGCGCCGCGUGCGUCCAGGGGACCGAUUUUUGAAUUUAGAGCGCUCGAUUUCGUCACUCGAAAAUCUGUGGAAAACGGCGAAAUGUUAUUUUUGAAAUACGAGCGAUAGAAAUUGGGAAUUGAGUGGUAUUGACCACUCGUUUUCAAUUCCAUUAAAAGAAUUUAAAUGCCUAGAAGUGGACAUAUUAUUAAACAAAAUACACGAAAUCGAGUGGUCGAAAUUCAAAAAUCGGCCCCCAGUACCCCUAGUGUAAAUAAAUUCGAUUUCGAAACGUGACGUACACGUUUGCGUUUAGUCUCAUUUUGUAUUGGAUUUAGAAAGAGCGCGCCAAGCGGAACGUUUUGGAAACUCAAAAUCCUAUACAAAAUGAGACUUAACGCAAACGCGUUCGUCACGUUAUGAUGUCGAUCAAAUUUACACUAGGGGUACAGACCGCGUUCUAACUUAUUUACAAUUGCAAUGAAUUGUUUCAGUAUUCUGAAAUGUCGAUGUUUGACUUUUCCCCUAAGCUUCUUUGUUUAGAAAUUGCGACUUCAGUACCUAUAUGAAAUGAGAACAAUAAUCGUAUUCGUCAAACGAAUGUCUGUUAAAUAAACCCCAGGAUAUUACAUGUCUUGUCUAUAAUUAAUAAGAAUGUGACGAUUUAUUAUUAAUUAAUAUUAAUAAUCGGUGUGAACUUUUAACUCGGGUAAUUAUUAAUUUAUAUUAGUAGUUGUCGAUUCGUCAACACUUCUGUAAAUAGUACAUAAUGUGAUAAUUAUUUUUAGACUUGUUGUAACAUGAUUUAUUCUAGAUUUAGUGUUAUUAGAUUAUUUCUUACCGCUUUUACACUAUUUUUAAGUUUUAACUUUUAUCGAUUUAUUAAACUGAUUAUCUGUAUAAUUUAAUUGGAAUUGACAUUUGAUUAUUUAUGCUUAUUAAAAUAUUGUUUGACCAGUGAUUUUCGAUGUCUAUUAGCUUAGGUAUGUGUUAAUGAUCUCAAUUAUAUCGAUGUACGCUUGGAAGAUGAGGUAUUCUUUAGCUUUAAACGAAACCCCUUCUUCUUAUGUACCUACUAAUAUGUGGACCUUUGUGAUCAUUUUGAUUAUGACUGGAUCAUGAAUGUAUUCUAUUUUUUCUUUUUUUAUCAAAAUCGUAACGAUUUCGAAAAAGCAUGCUAAUGACGGUUAUCUUGUAACGGUUUUCUGUACCCCUAGUGUAAAUAUUUUCGACAGCGAAACGUGACGUACGCGUUUGCGUUAAGUGUCACUUUGUAUGAGAUUUUUGACUUUCCAAAACGUCCCGCUUGGCGCGCUGUUCAAAAACCCAUACAAAAUGAGACUUAACGCAAACGCGUACGUCACGUUUCGAAAUCGAAUUUAUUUACACUAGGGGUACAGGUCUCUGUGUAAUGUCAAAUAUAGUGUUCAGAUCUAACUGUGGGCCUACCGCGAAACACGAAAAGCGAAAAUUUGUUUUCUGCCUCUAUCACUUGCAUAUUCGAGCCCGCACGUAUCAAACAUGCUUUGAUAAUAUAAUCUGUAUGUAAGGUAUACCAUCUAUACUAGGUAUACCUACGCUGCAAUAUUUCAAUGAAAAAAACUUAAGAUAACAACAUAUUAUCUAUUGUCCACACAUCUUAAUGUAUUCAUCGGUUUUUGUUACUUUAUGUUAUAGCAGAUAUUUUAAUUUGUAAGUAUUUAUAAGUUGUAUAUAACAACUAUUAUCUCUCUUAGCAUUCAUUAGUUGACUAAAAAACGCUUAUUCUUUGUCCCUCUUUGUCUUGAAAAAUAAAAUAGGAGAACUUGAACUGUACAGUACCAGUCAGUACCUUGACUCGGUGAAAUGGAACUCCUGAGUAUCUACCGCGAACCACGUGUUGCCUCCCUGUCAGACUUACGUACGUAUUUACAAGUGUGACAGAGAGGUAACACGUCGAAUGUGGUUCGUGGUAGGCCCUCAGACCCAUAGAGCAUAGGACUAUGUCUAAGAGACUGACUUGACUAAGGGUCGCUAAAGCGCUUUAAAGCGCUGUGUAAAUGAACCCCUUAUUUAAUUCAGUAACUGACGACAGGGACGCAGUAAUACGUAGAUGUGAGAUGCAGAUAUCUUUAGCGUAUAACUGCGUCUUUGUCACACCUACCCGCCGUAGGUAGGUUUGACAGAGAGCACACUACUUAUACGCGUGCAGCGAGUGAUUGAUUCGACUAUAGCGAUCCUACCUGUCUGCUUGUCUUUCAACUUUGUGGUCACAGCGAUAAAAAAACAUGACAUUUCUUGCAAUUUCAUUACAUAUACAUAUCUCAUGCUGACCUUUAUUGCUGACCAUAUGCGCGAUGUUUCCUAAAGACUAGUUUGUAAUUGUUAUUUGUUUUACAAGGGAGCAAAGUUGUUGUUUAACCUAUCGUGCUAAUAUUGAUACCCGAGCAAGCGAAAGAUUCCAAAUUUGGACCACGAGCGUAGCGAGUUUGUAACGUGGAAUCUUUAGCGUUGCGGGGGUUUCAAGGCACGAGGAUUGAACAAAUUUUGACACCGAGUGAAACACACAAUUUUCACCACACCGACUCAAGGAAAAUACUAACUGCAAAAUAGCAAACAAAAGCAAUCGAAAUCAAUUUAAAAUGAAUGUUUCCAAAUCUUUAUCAUUCAAAAUCAUCAUUUAAAAGUAAAUUCUACCAGCCAAUAUAAAGAAACAACUCAAAAUUUGCAUUUGUAUACUUUGCCACACGUGUGGAUAAAAUGCAACUUUCUAAUCAGAUUUGGAACUAUCAAGAGGCUCUUUACCAGUUUGUGCGGUGAAAACACCUUUAUGCAUUAUUUUAUUUGAUUGUGAUUUAGACGUCCGUCCAUAACUUGUUUUCUCAAAUGAUUUGUUGCAUUUACUUUUUUUCGUGUUUAAUUUGCAUUGCACAAUUGACCUUCUCAUAUCAGGAAUUAUUUGAAAACUUAAUUUUCGUAGCCACUGCGGUCAUAUCAAACUUAGCUGUACCUAACUUAGCGUUUCAAAUAAGAUUUGAAGUAAUAUAUUUAUAUAAAUCGUGUAAACUAAAUCUGUGUGAUUUAGAUGUAGUUUGGUGAAAAAAUAUUUACGACUAAGUAACUUUUGCACUUUCUGAUUCAAAACUUAUCCUAAAUAUUUUGUCAAUAUUGUAACAAAUUAUAUUGUGGGUAGUGAAAAAAAAACGAUUAAUUUUAUAUGUAGGUAUAAUUACAUUCAUAUGAAUGUAUACUUACCGAAUUUAUUUUUUUGAUUGCUGUAAAAUUAAUAAUUAUUUAUUUGUAGCAAAGAGAAUUUAAAAUUGAGGUGGAUUAUCAAAGAAAAUUUUGUAUCCUCAGUAAAUUUACUGCCAUCUUUCGGCACAUGAUUAAAACUUUUAGAACGCCAUUCGACGUUGAUCCUUAUUCUUUCACUGAUGUGUUAAAUAUCAAAAAGUGGCGCCAUCGCUUGAAACAGUUGAAACGAUGCCGCCAUACCUUUGGCCUUCGAUCUAUUAGAUGGCGCCACUUUUUGGUAUUUAACUAAUUGAACAUAUAUACGUGAAAUAAUAGGGAUCAAAGUCAAAUGCAGUUCUAAAAAUUUAAUCAUGUGUCGAAAGAUGGCAGUAAAUUUACUGAAGCUAAAAAGUUUUCUUUGACAAUCCACCUCUAUUUCAAAUUUUUGAUUUGUACAUACAUAAUUUUGACAAAUGAUUCUAUAAAGUGAUAUAAUUUUAAAAUUUACGUUGUAGUCUCACAUCAAGAUAUAUUUAUUAUAAAUGUAUACCCACUCUUGUCUGUCAAGGUUCUAUAUUACCUACCCUCAGUACCAGUAUCGGUGCUAAGAAAUUAUAGAUCACCAAAACAUUGAUGUAUCCUAGGUUGCUCAUGCAAAUGCAUUAAGUUGUAACACUAGUAUUAUCUGGAUUAAAUCUAUUUUUACUGGAA